AUGUCCUCCUACGGCCAGCUGCUCAGCGCCCGCUGCGCCUCGCCCUGCGAGGUGACGUGCGGCCAGCCCUACGUCGACUCCUGCAGCCAGCCCUGCGUGGCCUCCUGCGGAGACUCCCGGGCCAUCGUCUACGCCCCGCCCGUGGUGGUCACCUUCCCGGGGCCCAUCAUCAGCUCCUGCCCCACGGAGAGCAUCGUCGGGACCUCCAUCCCCGAAAUCGGCGGGGGAAUGGGGUCUGGAGGGGGUGGGCGCGGCGGCUCCUAUUCCUCGGGCUACGGUAGGAAUUACUACCCCUACUUCUCCCGAGGGUACUACAGGUCUCGCUACGGGAACUACGGGAACUACGGGAACUACGGGAGCUACGGGAACUACGGGCCUUUUUAA